AUGAAGGUCGAGCUGGUGUCCGAGGAGAUUCUGCCACAUUUCUUGAAAUCGUUUGAGAGUCUUGUCCGGUGCAACUAUAACGCCGAAGUCCACCGGUCACUUGCUCUCUACAUCACAUAUGCGCUUCACUCCCCAGCGCCAACCCACGUUUCCCGGACCCCAAGACCACUUGGGGCGGCGGGCCAGUCCAGUGCAAGUCUAGGAAGCGGCCUGCAGCGACGCCAUACAGGCGGGUCGUCGUCAGGACGUGGCAGCUCCGAAACUAGCUCCGUGGCUCCGGCGGAAACGUCCAAGAGCCUGACCAAAAAGAAACUCGGCGUUCGCAUCCUCAAACUUUACGAGCAACUCCUCUGCGAGGAGGGCAUCGUCGCUAACAUCCGCAAGUUUGCCCGGACCGUUACUAACAAGUGGCUGCUGUGCCUUCUUUCGUUCGACGACCUUGACGUGCUGUUGAGCGGGUGCCGGAUUUUAACUCGUCUCCUCGUCUCGCAAGGACCGAGUUAUGUACAGAAGUUUGCUAGUAAGUCUGGCGGCUUCUGGAUCCUGGCGCACCGGCUCAAGCACUGGUGGGAUGUUCCGAGCGUCUGGUUUUGCGUUAUGGCGAUCCUGUUUGGCAAAGACGUGGCCGGAAUCGACUCCCUUUCGGGUCAGACGCUUACGUUUGAAGCGCUUGUUUCUGAAUUUGGUGCUGGCUCCAAGAUUGUCUGCCCGGAUGCCCUCUAUGUUGUCGUAGCUAUGCUGCAGCAGGGGCUUGGCGACGUUCUCAAGUCGAGCGAUGCCCCCCCGACCCCAUUUGCGGAUGAGAACAACAGCCCGGCUGUUGCAAUUGCCCCGGCGCCUGCUCCGGCUCCGGCCCCGACCCCAGCUACUGUUUCUGCUACCGCCGAGAAGGCUACCGUCCUGGAUGCUGUUGUGAAAUUUUUGUCAAACCUGCACGCGUCUUCGGUCGAGUUCCGCGACUCUACGCUGGCUUCCGAUUACGUGCGACUUUUGUCGUCCGCUCUCUUCCCUGCUGUUGUGAACAUGGAGGCCCUCGCGCCCGAAACAGAGCUCAACUCCAAGGACGCGCCUCUGCGGUUCGAUGGCGCCGACAUCGUCGUUAAGCAGCGACCAACCUCCGCCGCCAUGGUUCGCACGUCGAGUAUCAACUCGAACCUGAGCUCCAGCCUGCAUUCGACGAUUGGCGGGUCAACUUUCGACGUGGCCGCUGACUCUGCCGUCCUCGCCUCCACCGAAUCGAUCCCCUCGACCGCUGGCCGGCCGGGACCUUCCACUGCAACCCGAGAACGACGCUCGUCGUCAUUUAUCCUGCUGACCACGCAAGCCGCACCUCCAUCGUGGCACACGGCCAAGCUAGCGGUGCACGCCUCACCAAAGAGACAGCUAGUCGUCAUUCCGCAGCAAGGAAGCAAUGGCCUGCAGGAGAGCAUGAUGGGCCUGAUUGUCGACGGCUUCGUGGACCAAGUGCUCGUCCGCAAAGAGUUUCCGGGAUUCAACCUCGGCCUUCGGACCCCUCCAUCUUUCCAAGAGCACCAAGCAUACUUUGAGUCGGCCAUUCUGCGAAGCACGAUCCUGCGCGUCAAGGAUGUUUUGCAGCGUGACCUGCGCAUUCUCUGCGAGCCAAAGGUGCUGACAAACAUGGCACGCUUCACUGCUCACAUGGUGGAGGCGACGUUCGACGGCACAUUCGUGAAUAGUGUCGACGUUCUCAUGGAUUUCACCGGCUUGAUCCUCGAAUACCUGCACCGGCCCGAUGUCGCGUCCCUGAAAAGUGUUCGGCUCUGUAACCAAGCCGUCAUGUCCAUCCGGACGUCUUUCCUGAAGCUCGUGCUUUUCCGCCUGUCCGACGUCGAAGCCGAGAUCGAACAUAGCAGCGGGCAACAACCCGACAUGGUGGCUGCGCUGCCUGUGCUGGAGAGAAUAUUUUACUGGCAAUCUGUUCUCAUAGACUGCUUGUCCACUGAAAUCACAUCUGACGAAUACCACAUGAAGUUGCUGUUCUACCAGCUUUACGCGCGCCUCCUUGACCCCGACGAAUCCGUCCGGCUGGCCGCAGCCAGCAUCUGGCGGGUCAUCCUGGUCCAGAAGCCAAACGAGUCAGCCACAGUUCUUCGUUCCUGCGCCACCACCGACCAGCUGCACCUGGCUCGCUCGUUCCGGGCCUUGACUGAAGUUGACGACGGCACGUUCCUUGAGUGGGUCGACAAGCACCGUCCCUCCCUCGACGCCUUCUUCCUUGGCGGCAUGUCCAAGUUCUGGGAAGAUUUUGUGACCAGCGAGAACCAGCGGGCAGCCGACGCGAUUAAAACGCGCACCGCCCGUCGCCGCGACAAGCUCAAGCAAUGGCAGCUGGAGGCCCAAGAGCGCAGCAACAUUCUGCUGCGCCAUGAAAUGGCCAACAGCUCGUGGAUGAAAAGUAUCUAUGGCACGGAGCACUUCAAGCUGCAGCGCGUCCUGCAAGAUCAACAAGAUGACCUCACGUACCUGGCCACCACCUUUGGCAAGAUGGAGCGGGACCUGAAGCGCCCGGGUGCCGUGUUUUCUGCAUCCGGCGCCCCGACAAAAUGGAAGCUCGACCGCACAGAAGGCCGCAACCGCAUGCGCCUUCGACUGCUCCCCGACUCUUCUGACCGUGUCAAGAACAUCUCCCAGUCCAAGAAGAAGGUCACGGACUCAGCGGCAGGAGCAGCAGCAGCAGCAGCAGCCACGCCCACAUCGGCAGGAGGCAACACAAAUGGUAGUGUUGGAACACCUGUGUCCGAGUCAGCCCAACCGGCAUUAUCUACUGUACCUUCCAAUGCCUCCGCGACGUCAACAGCCCCUUCGACAGCCACCCUGCGGCCUCUGGACACCACGAGUAGUGCAACUGGCGGAAUUGCGGUUACGCCAAUGUCGUCCAAAGAAACACCUGUUGACCCAUUCUCUGCGGUCCAGGUCCCUGAAGGGGCAGCUGCUAACGGCAUGCCCAGCGGUGCUCUGCAGGCCCCAGGGCCGGCGCCAGGAACGGAUACCGGCGUGGCCCCGGAAGAAGACUUUGAGCUGAUUGACGAUCCGAACGAGCCGGAUGGUGAGGAUGGCUUCGAGGACAAAAACCGGAAGGUCAUGCGUCGCCUGGAGCAGGGCGACGUGGUGCAGAAUGUGUACAACGUGUCUCGCAUCAUUGGCCUUGAUGCUUGCGAAGGCAUUCUCAUCGUUGGCAAGGACGCCUUGUACAUUAUGGACAAUGUGUUCCAGUGCCGCGACGGUGAGAUUGUGAAUGCCUGGCAAGCACCCGCCGACGAGCGCGAUCCAUUCUCGCAGAUUAUCACCGCGAAGCCAACCAACAGCCACGACAAAGACGGCGCAGCCAACAACAACGUCAACGGACAGCCGCCCUUCCAAGGCGUCGAGCAAGAAUCACGAAGCUGGCGAUGGUACGAUGUGAUCAGUGUGUCCAAGCGGCGCUUCCUCUUCCGCGACGUCGCCAUUGAGCUCUUCUUCCGCGAUGGUCGGAGCUAUCUCUUGACGCUGAUUGACAAUGCGAAGCGCGACGACGUCUACGGCCGACUGAUGGGCAAGAUCCCUCACGCGAGCGGACCAGCCAACGCACUGCCCAACCCAGAAGACGCGUGGCGCCUCGAAGGGCUCCGGGUAGCGGAAGAAGGGCCGCAGACGCUGGGCUCCAAAUUCGGCAGCAUCUUCAACUCGUCGCCGUGGAGCCCGUCCAUGCGGCGGUGGCAGAAGGGCGAGAUGUCCAACUUCCACUACCUGAUGCUGGUCAACACGAUGGCCGGACGCACGUUCAACGAUCUGACGCAGUACCCCGUGUUUCCCUGGGUGCUGGCGGACUACACCAGCAGCGAACUGGACCUCACCAACCCGGCGACAUUCCGCGACCUGUCCAAGCCGAUGGGUGCCCAGACGCUGCAGCGCCAGUCCGAUUUUGCGAUGCGCUACAGCACGCUGGCGGAGAUGGGGCAGCCGCCGUUCCACUACGGAACACACUACUCGUCGGCCAUGGUCGUGUCGUCGUAUCUGAUCCGACUGCCGCCGUUUGUGCAGUCAUUCUUGCUGCUGCAGGGCGGGCAUUUUGACCAUCCCGACCGACUUUUCUACUCCAUCGAGGGCGCGUGGCGAUCUGCCUCGCAUGACAACGGCGCCGACGUGCGGGAGUUGAUUCCGGAGUUCUUCUGCCUGCCCGAGUUCUUGGUCAACAUCAACGGGUACGAUUUUGGGCGGCGACAGGACGGCAGCAAGAUUGACAACGUGCUGCUGCCGCCGUGGGCCAAGGGCGACCCGAACAUAUUUAUUGCGAAGCACCGCGAGGCGCUGGAGAGCCCGUACGUGUCGCAGAACCUGCACAAGUGGAUCGACCUGGUGUUUGGCCACAAGCAGCGCGGCGACGCGGCCGUCGAGAACCUCAACGUGUUUCACCACCUGUCGUACCACGGCGCCAUCGACCUGGACAACAUCAAGGACCCGCAGGAGCGUGCGAUUGUUACGGGCAUCAUCCACAACUUUGGGCAGACGCCGCGACAGGUGUUUUCCCGGCCGCACCAGGCACGGGAGCACGACGCGUGCCCCAUCCGGCGCAUCGACUCGGUCGCCGACUCGCUUGCGCGCAUCCCGCACCCGAUCCUAGAGAGCCGGGAGCGCGUCGCGUCGCUCAUCUAUGUGGCGAAGCUCGACCGCCUGCUGUGCGCGUCGCCGUUCCGGCUCAACCUGCCGCCGUUCUACGACAAGUAUCUCGAAUGGGGCUACACGGACAACAGCGUGCGGUUCUACCACAGCGACAAUCGCAAGCUGGCGGGCCUGUUUGAGAACCUGCACAUCGGCCAGAUCUCGUGCGUGGCCUUUGCCGACUCCAAGACGCUGAUCACGGCGGGCGAGGACUGUGCCGUCUCGGUGUACGCGGUGGUGCAGUCGGGCUCGGGCAAGCCCGUCGAGCUGCUGACGCGCAGCUCGCUCUUUGGGCACAAGACGCCGGUGACGACCGUGGCCGUGUCGAAUGCGUUUAGCACGCUGCUCACCGUCAGCCAAGACGGCGUGGCGAUGCUGUGGGACCUGAACCGGCUCGAGUUCAUCCGCAAGCUGCCGGGCGCGCGGCCGGUGGAGUGCGCGCGGAUCAACGACGUGACGGGCGAGAUCAUGCUGUGCUCGGGCCCGAACGUGGUGCUCUACACGCUCAACGGCGAGCCACUGCUGGACCAGAACGUGUGCGACGGCGGGCCCGAAGACUACGUGCAUUCGUGUGCGUUCUACGAGGGCGCGGGCAACGAGUGGCUUGAGAACUACCUGGUGCUGACGGGCCACCGGUGUGGGCGUGUCAACAUCUGGCGCAAGACCGUCGGCCCGCGCGGACGGUGGGUGCUGGAGCUGGAGCGGCGGCUGGACCACGUCGAUCCCCGGUCGGAGAACGGCGCGAAUGUGGACGCCGCCAUUACGUGCAUCACGCCGAUGCCGCAGGUCGUGUACACGGGCGACGACGACGGGCGUGUAGUAAGUUUCGUCUUUGACCCCCGCUUUGCGACAUCCUUGGAUGAGUGA